AUGCCGGAUACACCAAUGAGAUUUCCCUCGAUAUGGACAGAAGAAACAAAGCUCGCACCUAUCGUCCAGGAAAACAUUGUUGUAAAUGAGCGAAUCAGGGAAGCGAAACACGAACUCGAGCAUCAGGUACCCAAUUACUAUAAAUUAGUAAAGCGCAUACCAACCUUGACCACCAUUGAGAAACCAACAAAAACCGUCAAGGCACCUUCUACAAGAAUCGAUGGGCUCCUCAAGCGGUCCGCAGAAGGACCCCCACGGUCAACGACAACCCACAAUAACUUAGUCCCACACUGGAGCUACGAAAAAAACUCUCUCGCGGUAGCAUGCGUCUUCAGUGCCAUCACCGUGCUAGGUAUCAUCUUCCUCGGCGUCCUCUCUGUCCGAAAGAUCCGGCGAAGCUGGAAGCGCCACAAGCGUGAAAAGCAAGACGACACCGCUUUCAAACUUCGAAUCGACAUGAGCAAAAGCAACAGAGAUUCGAAUGCCUGUUUUAUAACCGAAAGCAAGUCUAGUCGCGAAUCGAUGAUGUAUAGCCGUGAUAGCUCACCGUCGGGAGGUUACGUCGUUGAGCAAACAGGGGGUUCUGUGACCCGCGUGUUUCGCGAAGGCAAUAAUGUUUCGAGUCAGACGUUCGACUCUAUCGGUGCUUCACCGGAGAAAAUGAGUCCUCCGCGCGAGAAUAAACGGGCCCCAGGAGGCCGGGCGGAUUCGCGUACGCCCUCGGGAACAGGACGUGCUGGUUCGAUUCCAAGACCGAUUGUCGUGGUGCCAUCUCCACUGAGACACGUCUCCUCACAGAAAGCCACGCCUGUUAUGCAACCGACUGGUCCCAGCACACCUGAUUCUGAGCAAUCACCCGUAUCCCCUGCUUCUCCACAGGAUACCGAACCAGUAGGUAGUAGAUCUUCCAAACGCAACUCGUUGUUUCGGCUGCCUUCUAUCAAGAAAUCUAUAUCCCCCUUGUUCAGUCUUUAA